AUGGAAGAAAAUACGGACCUUGAAAUAUUAAAAAAACUAAUUUGUGAAACUCAAAAUUCUAGCAAAGAUGAUACUACUUUUAAUUUUAGUCACAAAAAAAUAAAAACUAUUCCAAAAGAAAUUAUAAAUAUCAUUAAAGAUAAAGCAUUCAGGAAUUUAUAUUUUUGUUUCAUAAAAAAAAUACUUAUUAUUUUUAGAAUAGCUCUUGGACAUAAUCAGCUAAGUUUUUUUCCUAAUGAAAUAAAGAAAUUGUCACGAUUAAGAUAUCUUAAUAUUCGUGCAAAUAUAUUCAAAGAGUUCCCAAGUGUUCUAAAUAUUCAGCUUUGCGAUCUACCAUCUUUAGAAAUUCUUGAUAUAAGUAGAAAUAAAAUUCGCCAUCUGCCUUAUGAUUUUGGCAACCUUAUGUCCUUAAAAGUUCUUUCAAUUUCAAGAAAUAGAUUAAAGAUAUUACCACAGUAUAUUUCAAAAAUGGACAAUCUUAAAAUUUUAAAAAUUGAUCAUAACCCUAUAAUAUUUCCUCCAAAAGAAAUUAUAUAUUUCGAAGGAGAAGAAAAAGACAUGCUUCCUUGGCUUAAUAAUGUAAAAUCAUUCUUAUCUACUCAUAAAAACGAUUUUAUUCAAAAUAUUGAGGAACAAUAUUUAAUUAGUGAAAGUGAAAAAGACGAUUCUAAUAAUAUAACAUGCCAAGAAAAAAAGGCUUUAAAUAUGUCUUCUGAAAUACAACAUAAUAUAUUAACAAAUAAAACAACACUUAUAUCUCCAUCGUUACUGGAAAAAGAUCUAUCAAAGUCGACAAAAAAUGAUCAAAACAAAAGAGACAAUGUAUCUUUUUCAUUCUUAACUUUACCAGCAAAAAUAUCAUUAAAUAAUUCUGAAAAUAAAAAUGACCAAAAAUCUAUUGAUAAAAUAGGAGAUCAAAUGAAUAAUCAUUAUAAAAAAAUAUCUCAUACCUCAAAAAUAACUAAUAACUUAAAAAACGCUAAUACAAAUUUUAAAUUUCCUAAAAACGGUAUCCAAAAAAAUCCAGAUAUUUAUUUCAAAUGCUUUUCAACAAUCCCAGAAACCAAACGCAUUUUUUUAAAAUCCAUAAAAGUUAUAGAAACUUCUAGAGGUAUUUUAUUUUCUUUAUCACAAGUUUAUCAAGGAAUAAGACAAUAUGUUAUAUUUUGUACAGAUCCUUCUAUAAAAGGAACAAUUAACUUAUUUCUUUACACUGCUAAUAUACAUAUCGAAGCAUUAGCAAAUGCAUUAGAAGAACAUGAAACGAAAAACCCUAACUCUGAGCCUUCUGAUGUAAUUUCUGCAUGUUGCGCAUGUAUUGAAGCUUUUAAACAAGUUAUUGGAAUUUUUCAUAAACAUAUAAAAAAAAUAACAAUGAAAGCGGACAUUCGUUAUACUAGAACCCUUCUUUUAUUGCUUUAUGGUGCUGCAGUAGAAAUUCAAAAUUCUUGGAUACUUUUGGCAUCAGCAUUACCUUUAAAAUCUUUUAAUGCUAAUACUUUUUCUUGUAAAAAUUAUUCGUCUAGUGAUUCCACUUUACCACAUCAUUCUACUCUUAAAUCUUUAUCAAAUAUAUCAGUGGCUAACUCUACUAUUUCGACAAUUAAUACAUCUAAUAUUAAUCCAAAACCAGUUACAAUGUUAUCUAAUUUAAGUCAAACUGAAUUACCCAAUACUCAGACCUCAUCAAUCAUUACUCAAUAUUUAGAAUUAACAGAUCUCUCUAAAACAGAUACAGAUGAACAUCUUUUCGAAAAAAUAUUAGCAGCAACAACAAUAACACUUUCUGUUUUAACAUUAUUAGAAAAUGAAAUUACCCAAAAUACUACUAUAACAUCUAAAGAAAGAUAUUCCACAACAUCUAUAAAUUCUAAAAUUAAUGUAAAACUAAGAGAACUUAUUACAAUGUCAAUAAAUGCAAAAGGUGCUGCACAAAAACUUAAAAAUCAAUUAAAAAGUAUUAAAGAAAACAAUAUCUCAAAUUAUAAACGAAAAUUUUGGGAAGAUACAAACGCAUUCGUGAAGUCUAUAAUAGCUAUAGCAGCUUUAGCAAAACUUGUCUCAACAGAAUUCCCAUUUUCAAAAUCAAUACUUUCAGGAUUAUCUACAGUUACAAGAUCAACUAAAGAAUUAACAAUUUUACUUUCUAUAUCAUCUUUUAGAUUCAUAGCAGAACCACAAACUGCUGCUAUACGGUCAAAAACAUUUUCUCCAAUACCUCAAUCAUCUACAUCUAUAUCUACUAAUUCUACAACUCCAUCUACUGAACUCGAAACAUCAACACAAACACCACGCUUAUCUCCAUCAUACCUUUCGUCAAUAACACCAAAUAUUAUUAGUAAUCCUGAAUCUAUAGAUAAAAUCAAUCUAUCUAUAGCACAUACAUUAAAAUCAGUAUAA